AGUUAUCUAAUUCUAGGGUACUUUCUCGGAGAAGACUUUACAGUUUUUAGCGCUGCGAAAAUCGGAAUUACGAAACGUUUUCGGGUUUCAACUUUCCACCGGACGGCUCCACUUCGCUCGCUGAUCAUCGGCCAGUUUGUGGCGGCCGACUGCGAGAACCACUAGCUGCAACAUCACAGAAGCCAUUACGAAUCGCCGACUCAAAUGGGCGGAGAUGCGACGAACUGGGACGAAGAAGAUUACCGGAGCAGCAUACUGAAGGAGAGGGAGAUCCAGACUCGAUCCGUCUUCAGAACCGUCUUCGCUCCCUUUCCAAAACCUAAUCCCGACGCGGUCGUUGUCGCCUCUAGCGACGGUUCUCUAUCUUCCUACUCCAUUUCCUCUUGUAUCUCUUCACUCCCUUUUGGUUUUAGCAAUACUAGGAAUCAACAGUUGCUAGUGGCUGAACCUACUUCCUACCUUCAAGGGCAUGAUGGUCCUGCAUAUGAUGUCAAAUUCUAUGGUGAUGAUGAAGAUUCUUUGUUAUUCAGUUGUGGAGAUGAUGGUCGGAUUCGAGGAUGGAGGUGGAAGGAAAUUACCAAUUUGAGGGUACCUGUCCAUUUACAAGGAAAACAUUUGAAGCCAGUGCUAGAACUAACAAAUCCUCAGCACAAAGGUCCUUGGGGUGCUCUAUCUCCAAUCCCUGAAAACAAUGCCAUUGCUGUUGACACUCAGGGAGGAUCCAUUUUUGCAGCUGCUGGUGAUUGUUGUGCAUAUUGCUGGGAUCUGGAAAAAGGUGAAAUCAAGAUGGUUUUCAGGGGGCACUCAGACUACUUACAUUGCAUUGUUGCCCGUAGUUCAUGCAAUCAGAUCAUAACUGGUGCAGAGGAUGGUACUGCACGAAUAUGGGAUUGCAGAAGUGGAAAAUGUGUUCAAGUGAUUGAUCCAGAGGAGGACUUGAAGUUGAAAGAAUUCUUCCCAUGUGUUAGUUGUGUUGCUCUUGAUGCAAGUGAGAGCUGGUUGGCUUGUGGCAGUGGCCAGAGUUUAACAAUCUGGAAUCUUCCUGCUCGUGAAUGCGUUACAAGGAUCUCCACUAAUGCUUCUACACAAGAUGUAUUAUUUCAUGGCAAUCAGAUUUUGGCAGUGGGAGCGCAACCUCUACUCAGUCGUUUUGACAUAAAUGGCAUGGUUCUCUCACAAAUACAAUGUGCUCCUCAGUCAGCAUUUUCUGUUUCCUUGCAUCAAUCGGGUGUUACAGCAGUCGCAGGUUACGGAGGCCUUGUGGAUGUGAUCUCAGAGUUUGGAAGCCAUUUGUGUACGUUUCGCUGCCAGUGCAUGUGAGUAGGGUGACAUGGAUGUGUUGGUCGAAAUGGUCUGCUUGAAAGAAAAAGUUGUGGCUUGUCAAAUGCACCUGUUUGGAUUGCAUUGACCUGAAUGGUGUCUAAUGUAAAAUGAAAGUGAAAUGAAAUGGGAAAAUAACUCUUUACAAGGGUCUUUUGAAAUGUCAUGCAUUUUGGAAGUGUUGCUCCCAUUUAUACAUUUAUUAUUAUUAUUAUUUGCA